AUGGAGACGCUUCAGUUUGAAGAGGAUUAUGAAUUACUCUCAACAACAAUAACAAAACAUGGAGAGGAUUGGCACAAAGAAAUUGACAACAUUGUUUACAAACUUAAAACUGCAGUUGAUAAGAUGAGAAAAACACGGAAACAAACUUUACAGGAAUAUCUGGAUGGUAUAAACAAGACAAUUUCUAACAUUAGUGAUGAAAUCGAAUCAAUUGAAAUUGCUUUAAACACCAAUGACUCGUCCAAACUGAAUGGCUCAAUUAAUGAACCAGAGACAGUCAACGGUUUUAUAGACACUGGGUAUAACAAACUUUACAAUGUUGCCUGCCUGAGUGAUGAAGAAAUCUGGACAAAUGAAAAUGACAGCACUAUGAAAAUUUACAGCAUCAAUCGGGGAUCACUACUCAAGUCAAUAUCAACAAAGUCAAAAUGCAACACUUCUGAAUCAAUCAAUACAGAACAGCUCCAUCAAAUGUUUGGUUCUCUGUCAGCAUUAUCCAUUAAAAGAGAAGAAAAAGGCUUCACAAUCAUACCACUGCCUGAUGAACCAGAGCUCAUCACCACCAUAAACACUGGGCAUCAAAGACUAUACAGUGUUACAUGUCUCAGUGAUGAAGAAAUCUGGACACGUGGAUACACUGGCCAUCCCUCUACUACAGGGGCAUCAUUUAAUCCAGUCGGCAUCACAACAGACAGCCAGAGUCAGAUCCUGACAACAGACUUAGUUAACGCUAAACCCAGUUUCGUUAAAGAAAUUUUAAGAAAAGAUUUGAGAGAACUGGAAAAAAGAAUACAACCUUCCUAUGAUAAAAUUGCAUCAGAUUUCAACUCUGAAAAACUUGAGUUGGAAAAACAUUGUGAGAAACUGACAGCAGCUGUCACCAAACGAGGAGAAGACUGGCACCGAGAAAUUGACAAUAUUGUCAAUAUACAGAAAUCAGAAAUAAAUGAGAUGAAAACUAAACACCUGGCUGUUCUAAACCAACUGGAAAUUGAAAUAAAACAGAUUACUUUCGAAGUAGAACAGAGCAUACUUGAUCUGAAGAAACUACAAGUAUUAGACCCCCAUGAUGUGUCCAUAGCAUCUACAUACAAAUCCAGGAAUGCUGAAUUUAGAAGUUUACCUCUUAAAGUCAAAGUUUCUAUACCAAGUUUCUCUCCUCAUCAGAUCAACAGAGAACAGCUUCUUCAAAUGUUUAGUUCUCUGUCAGCAUUAUCCAUAACAACAGAAGAACGUGGCUACAUAAUGAAAACACCAUAUCUCCAGGGAAAUCGAAUGAAGUCAAUCAAAACCAAGCCUGGGAACAUACCACUUGAAAUAGCAGUGACAGGGAGUGGAGAUCUAGUUUAUACUGACCCUGGUAUGAGAUCUGUAAACGUAGUGAAGAAUAAACAGAUACAGGAAGUGAUCAGACUACAGGGGUGGACACCUCGCUAUGUCUGUAGUACCUCUUCUGGUGACCUCCUGGUUACCAUGGUCAAUGAUGUUGAAGAACAAUCAAAAGUUGUUCGUUACUCUGGCUCCACAGAGAAACAAACUAUUCAGCUUGAUAGUGAAGGUAAACCUCUGUACUCAUCCGGUAACUUUAACACGAUUAAAUACAUCAGUGAGAACAGGAACUUGGAUAGCUGA